ACUAGGAAAAAGAGCCAGAAAUGGAUGAGAGGGAUAAUGGGUUCCUCAUCUAUAUCUCUACUGCUACUACCACCUCCAACCUCCAAAUUCAAUCUUAGAAAAUCAUCAUUCUCCAUUAAAUCCUCCAACCCAUCACUGAAUUCAAGUUCACUCGCCAUUCCCAACAUCAAAUCAAGAACUUUCAGUCCAUAUCCAUCGGACAAAAACACUCAAAUUUGGAGAAUUUCAGCUGCAAAUGGCGAGGAAUUAAGUAAACAAGCAGAUACAGUUCAAAAUAUAAUCACAUCCAAUGAAGAUACUGGUGUGUCUACAACUAUAUCAGUUCUCCUCUUCAUUGCUUUUGUUGGUCUCACCAUUCUCACUAUUGGGGUCAUAUACAUUGCUGUGACUGAUUUUUUGACAAAGAGAGAAAGGGAAAAGUAUGAGAAAGCAGAGAGCGAGAAGAAGAAGAAGAAAGGUGGGAAGAAAGUUUUGAGAUCAAGAGUUGGACCUAAAGGAUUUGGACAGAAACUUGAUGAUGAAGAUGAUUUUGAUGAUUUCUAGAGUUCAAUACAAUUUGCAUUCUGUAAUUCACAACAUUUUUUCUUAUAUUGCAAAUGUAGAUGAAUACAUUUUUCUUGUGAGUUUCUAUGUGUUUAAGAAUUGCUCAUACUUUAAGCAUUUUUGU